UCAUUGCUAUUUUUAGCGGGGCAGCGGUAGCAGAUAAGGUUUGCCUCCACGCUGGAGAAGCUCAGAGUAUACAGAUCUCGCCACAGUGAAACAUCUAGGCAACACAACUUGAACUAACACAUAAACAAGAAAACUUUUCGGCUCCGCGCUGUUUAUCCACUGGCAUCACAGGACGCGCGGCAGCGGCGGUGGAAGAGCUUUCUAUCCGCGAGAAGAGUUCGGGACACUGGGCGAUAACUUUACGCAAUGGAAACUACUUUCUACGAUGACUCUGUAAACAGCGCUUUCUCUCAGCAUGACAGCGCUCCUUUUGGAUACAACCACAAGGCUCUGAAACACAACAUGACGCUGAAUCUGACCGACCCAGCCGGCAACCUGAAGCCCCACCUGAGGGCCAAAGCCAGCGACAUCCUCACCUCCCCGGACGUGGGACUGCUCAAGCUGGCUUCUCCGGAGUUGGAGAGGCUCAUCAUCCAGUCUAGCAACGGCCUGAUCACUACAACGCCGACUCCGACCCAGUUUCUGUGUCCCAAGAACGUGACCGACGAGCAGGAGGGCUUCGCGGAGGGCUUUGUGAGGGCACUGGCCGAGCUGCAUCACCAGCACAUGCCCAACGUCACCUCGGCUCCCCAAACGACCAUCAACAACAGCAUGGCACCCGUGUCGUCCAUUGCCGGUGGCGCCGUGUACAGUUCGUCCAUGCGCUCCGAUCCGCCGGUGUACGCGGACCUGAACACUUUCAACCCCGCCAUCAGCACGGCCAACCCCGCGAUGAGCUACACGAGCGCCCCGCCGCAGCACACCGUCAACACGCAGCUGCCCGUGCAGCACCCGCGGCUUCAGGCGCUGAAAGAGGAGCCCCAGACGGUGCCGGAGAUGCCCGGCGAGACCCCACCUCUCUCCCCCAUUGACAUGGAGAGCCAGGAGCGGAUUAAAGCCGAGAGGAAGCGCAUGAGGAACCGAAUCGCCGCAUCCAAAUGCCGGAAGAGGAAACUUGAGAGGAUCUCCCGGCUGGAGGACAAAGUCAAGACCCUGAAGUCCCAGAACUCGGAGCUGGCGUCCACCGCCAACAUGCUGCGCGAGCAAGUGGCACAGCUCAAGCAGAAAGUCAUGAACCACGUCAACAGCGGCUGCCAGCUUAUGUUGACGCAACAGCUGCAGACUUUCUGAAAAGAACCGGAGGACAUUUGAGUUCACUUAAAAAGACGCAAGGGACAAACUUCAGGGGCUUUAUGUCUGCGAGCCGCCGCGACUGCUGGCAUUAUAGCCCGCUGGGACCGGGACCGUCCGGCCGGCCGCGUGCCGUAAAAGGAUGUUCUGACUGGACUUUCGGGGAGUUCAAAACUUCACGAACUCGGUGCGACAGAGAGCAUGAGACUCACUCUGUUACAUGUUUUAAGAGACUUAUCCUUGUUCACUUCGACCAGGUUGUGCAUGGACCUAUCCGCUUGAAAAGGAGCACUCAGUAUUAUAGGAGUAAAACAGGGGACAUGACUACCGUACAAUAGGGAUAUAUAAAUGUCUGGCUCACCAAGCAAGAAGUUCUGUCCGCUAAACUUUUGCUAAAAGCUGCCUGACUUCUGAGUUACAUAUUGUACCUUUUUUUUUUUGUUUUUUUUUUGUUCUUAAACUGAAUGGAAUUGACUUUUUCUUUGAGUUAGUCCAACUUCAGCAGUUUCUUUUUUCUGAAAAAAAAAGUUCAUUAAUGAGGUUUCACUCAUUGUUAUUUGUAAAUAAGAUCAACCAGGAGUACUUAAGUUUACCAUUUGUAAGUAAAGUAUACGAUAUAAUUUUUUAUGUUUGUUUUCUGAGCACAUCAGAAACUAAUCAAUAUUUAUGAACUGUAAUAAAGUAUGUGAAACGAAAAACAA